UCAGAAUACGGGUGAUGAAACACGCACAGUCGUGCAGCGUGGUUCCUCAUGUGUCCUCGUUUUGCCUAACCAUGAGGGCUGGCGACGACAAAGCUGUUUAUUAUCCAUUAGAACUUCAUGUUAUAGUCUGAUUUUUUAUUUUAUUUAACAGUUGUUGUUUAAUUUAUCAGUUGAAAAGAUGGGGAAAAGAAAGACUAAAAACCAGAAGGCGGCCCGCGUCGCUUCGAAUCACGUGGCCGAGGAGAAGUACAACAGCGUGCCGCACUCCUUCGUCUUUCACCGUGGCCAAAUCGGGAAGAACGUGGAACAGCUGGUGAUGGACAUGCGGCGUGUCAUGGAGCCGUACACAGCGCAGUCCUUAAAGGUUCGAAAGAAAAAUGUCUUAAAAGAUUUUGUGGCCGCAGCAGGACCGCUGGGAGUCACGCACUUCCUGAUCUUCACCAAAACUGACAAUAGUGUUAACUUGAGACUGGCCCGGCUUCCUAAAGGCCCCACUGUCCAUUUCCAGAUUUCUAAGUACACUCUCAUUAAGGAUGUAGUUUCAUCUUUAAAGAGGCACCGGAUGCACGAGCAGCAGUUUGCCCACCACCCGCUGCUGGUGCUGAAUAAUUUUGGGCUGGAGGGCAUGCAUAUCAAAGUGAUGGCUACCAUGUUUCAGAACAUGUUCCCUUCCAUCAACGUGCACAGGGUCAACCUGAACAGCAUAAAGAGGUGUGUGUUGGUGGAUUAUGAUCCUAAGACUCAAGAAAUAGAGUUUCGGCAUUACAGUCUGAAGGUGGUCCCUGUGGGCAUGAGCAAGGGUGUGAAGAAGAUCCUGCAGGAGAAGUUCCCUAACAUGAGCAGACUGGAGGACAUCAGUGAGCUACUUCUGAAGGGUGCAAACCUUUCAGAGAGCGAAGCAGAGCAGGACGGCGAGCACAACAUCACCGAGCUGCCUCAGGCGUACUCAGGCCGCGGGAACAUGAAGGCGCAGCAGAGCGCCAUCCGACUCACUGAGAUCGGCCCCAGAAUGACCCUGCAGCUGGUGAAGAUUGUAGAAGGCCUGGGAGAGGGGAACGUGCUUUAUCAUUCUAUUAUGACGAAGAGUGAGGAGGAGAUUCGGGAGAUUCUGAAGAGGAAGGAGGAACGUCUGAAGGAGAAGGAAGACCGCAGGAUGAAGCAGGAUGAAAACAUUGCCCUGAAGAAUCAGAAACGAGAAGCGAACAGGAAAAAGAGUCUGGAGGGCAUGAAGAGGAAAUGGCAGCAGGAAGUGGCUGCGUCUGAUGACAGUGAAGUGGAGGAUCCUGGGAUGCAGGAGGACAAGCCUGAGGCUGAGGAGUCCGAAGAUGAGGCAGAGUAUUACAGACAGGCUGUCGGGGAGGAACCUGAUGAAGACAUGUUCCCCACCGCAAAGAGGAAACAUGGCCCGGGCAAGUCACCUAUGCCUUUCAAAAAGAGGAAAAUGUCUGCGUCAAAAGCUUCUGAUGACGAUAAAUCAAGAUCCAGACCUAGUGGCAAGGUUUCUUUUGGUGCCAAAAACUUUGGUGGUGGGAAGUUUGGUGGGAAGAACAUGGGUAAAUUCGCAGCAGGAAACAAAAGAUUUAGAGCGGGAAAAAUAACCGGGGUCAGCAGCCGGUUUGGGAAGAGUAAAGGAGGAAAGCAGUUUGGAGGAAACAAAGGGGAAAGGUUUGGAGGAAACAAAGGGGAAAGGUUUGGAGGAAACAAAGGGGAAAGGUUUGGAGGAAAGAAAAGUGGGACACAAAGUUCAAAGGGGAAAGGACAAAGACCCAAAACCGGCUCUGCAUUUAAAGCAGGCCCGAGAGGAGGACAAACAAAGAAGGACUUCAAGAAGAAGAAAGAGAGAAGGAGGCUCAGUAAAAUGAAAAUGAACUGGUGCUGUAACAGUACGUUUCAAAAAGAACUGUUACCUCCCAUCUACGGUGUGGAGAUGUGUGUGGCGCUGGUGGGGAACAUACUGGCGCUGUGGCUGCUUGUGACUAAGGAGAAGAAGAACUGGCACACGGGAGUGGUGUUCUCCUGCAACCUGGUCAUCAGUGACAUCUUUUACGCCCUCAGUCUGCCCCUUCUUAUGGACUAUUAUUCAAGAGAACGGCAGUGGAUAUUUGGUGAUGCUGUCUGCAAAAUAGAGCGCUUUCUCUUCACCUGUAACCUCUAUGUCAGCAUUUACUUCAUCAUGUGCAUCAGUGUUAAUAGAUACCUGGCCAUCGUUCAUCCCUUCUUCGCACGCCAACACAUUCGCCCAAAACACGCCAAGAUCAUCAGUGUGUUCGUCUGGAUCUUUGUGGCAAGCAUUUCAUCUCCACUUCUCUACUUUUCAGGUGUCUAUAGUGACAAAUGUUUAAUAUUUGCAAAUCUAGAUAAAAAAUCAAGCCUAAAGUCUACCUACAGGGUGUUUAUGGUUGUUAUAGGCUGUUUUGUCCCAUUUGUAGUUACUUUUGCAUCCUAUUUUGGUGUUUUGUGGGUGGUUUUUAGAAAUGCAAAUAUCACCUCACUGGAGAAAAAAAAAGUGGCUCUGAUUGUUGGUGUAAGCUGCAUCCUGUACACUGUGUCUUUUGUCCCCUAUCACAUUCUACAAAUAUGGAACUUUGAACUGAGGGAAAAAAAUAAAUCUGAUUGUUCUGUGCAUGAUGAAUACCAAGUGUCAAAGGCAUUAGCUUGCCUGAACAUGUGCCUCCAUCCCAUCCUGUAUAUGGCUGUGUUUGAAAGUGUCAGGGCAGUGUGCUGUACAAAGAGCUCAAAUGUAUCAAAUGUACAGAUCACAAAAGCUGAAGAACAGAACCUUGAAUUGAAAUCCAGAGACUGAGAUUGCAAGCGAUUU